AUGUCAUUCAAUGUGUGCAGAAUAAGUGGACAACAAAUCCUUGGAGUCAGUCCAGACGAACUGUACCAGUGUCCCGGUGUACCACAAAUAUGGCAUGAACUUAUUUCACCAUUCUGUAUUCGCCGUGAUGCAAUUUGUGAUGCAAGUGCUAAAUAUAGAACAAUCGACGGUUCCUGCAAUAACUUGCAAAAUCCGCUUUGGGGACGUUCAAACAGACCACACCUUCGUUUUUUAAAACCAAAAUAUAUGGAUGAUAUUGGAUUACCACGCCAAACCGGCGUUACAGGCGAAUAUCUACCCAGCGCCCGUACAGUUAGUAACGUAGUUCACAAUCAAGACCCUUGUUGUCCACUGAAAGAGAGGGACCUUAGUUUGUACGUGAUGCAAUGGGGACAGAUGAUUGACCAUGACCUUACAGACACAGCCAUUGCAAGAGGUGCUAACGACGCCACUGUCAUAUGUUGUAAUCUAACAAAAGAUGUUCUUAUGCAAAGAUCUGAAUGUUUCCCAAUUCCUAUUGAUGCCGGAGACCAGAGAUUUCAGGAACCUUGCAUGAACUUUGUUAGAUCUAUUGCUGGACAUUCUGAUUCGUGUGAUAUAGGUCGACGUGACCAGCUUAACCAGGCCACAUCAUUCCUUGAUGCCUCAUAUUCUUUAUGUUACAACGACUGGAGAAAGUACUGUGGACUUCCGUUCGCAAUGCAUUUUGGUACCCAGGCAGGAGGACUUGUUCACCAUUCCCCAGAAAAUGCUCAUAAACUGUACUCCAUUUACAGACACCCAGACGAUAUUGACAUCUUUACUGGUGGCAUAUCAGAGACACCUGUUGAAGGCGGUGUUAUUGGUCCACUAUUCAGUUGUAUUAUCGGUCAACAGUUCUACAAUCUAAAAUAUGGAGACAGAUUUUACUACGAAAACAAUGGAGCAACUACAGGAUUUAAUGCUAAUCAAUUGAAUUCUGUUAAAAAGAUGACAUUGGCUAAACUGAUGUGUCUACACUUUCAUAUUCCACAUGUUCAGAUGAAUCCGUUCCGAAUGCCGGGUCAAAUAAUCGAAGCUAUGCAAUUAUGCAAAGUGUUGAUAUGCCUUGCUAUGAUAUAUGGCGUUUCAGCUCAAUUGACGUCACGUCGUUUGUGCUAUGGAAGUGCUUUAAGUGAAACAAGGUCGGUGAUUGCCGACGCUAUUUACAGGGCCACUAUGACUUUGCAACGGCAAAAGGAAUUGAAUAUAUACUACAGAGAUUCAGGACAUGACGAGUUAAAUAAUCCUGACGCACAUAUGCCGAAGACAUGUCAUCAACAUUACGCCGUGUAUUCCUUUUUACGUCAACCGGCAGUGGAGGAAGCCGACUCUGGGACAAUAGUGGCACUCGCUGUAAAUGAUAUUUCUGAAAGGCUUGGAGUUGCCAUAGACGAAUUACGACAAAGUCAUUGUGUGAUGUAUUUUUGGCAUAGAUACAUUGCACCGUUUUGUACUCGUCGUGUCGCCACUUGCGACCCAAAUUCUAAAUAUAGAACUAUUGACGGUACAUGCAAUAAUCUAAAAUACCCGCUAUGGGGCCGUUCGAACAGGCAACACAGACGUUUACUUACACCAGUAUACGAAGAUGGUAACGGUUCACCACGGCUCAGAAGUGUAACAGGGGUUGCGUUACCGAGUGCAAGAACAGUUAGCAACGUGGUGCAUCAGCAGUCGGCAUGCUGCCCUUCCGAGGAAGAGGAUUUAUCUCAGUUUGUCCAACAAUGGGGUCAAUUAUUAGAUCACGAUAUUACUGACACAGCAUUUGCAAGAGGGGCCGAGAAUUCUGCAAUCGUGUGUUGCGAUCUAGCUCCUGAGCUUGUCAGUGAACGAAUAGAAUGUUUUCCAAUACCCGUUGACCCUGGUGAUGAACGCUUUAGUAAUAGAACAUGUUUGAACUUUGUUCGUUCUACAGCAACACCGGAUGACUUGUGCAAUAUCGGAAGAAGAAAUCAGUUGAACCAGGCAACUUCCUACAUAGAUGCGUCAUUCCUAUACGGUCAUAAUGUUGAGGACGGGAACCAGUUACGAACUUUUUCGGAUGGUAAAAUGAGAAUGUCAGAGUUUGGACUGUUUAGAGGAGGACAAGUAGACAUGAUACAUUGUCAGCUCUCUGGUCAGGACGAAUAUUGCAUGAGAUCAGGAGAUUUUAGAAUACACGAAAUGCCAGGUUUAACUGCUAUACAAGUUCUGUUUCUACGAGAACACAAUCGCAUCGCUGGUAUAUUACAAAUGUUGAACCCGCAGUGGUCAGAUGAAGAAUUAUACCAAGAAACUAGAAAAAUUGUGAUUGGUGAAUUUCAACACAUCACUUUCACCACAUGGCUUUCAAUGGUUUUGGGACCUGACACUGUAAAAAGAUUGGGCCUGAGUACUUCACCCUCAGGUUAUAACAAUGUGUACAACAAAGACAUAAAUCCGACAAUAACAAAUAUAUUUAGCGUGGCUGCCUUCAGAUUUGGACAUACUCUUUUACGAGAUCACGUGGUCGUAAAAACUAAUAAAGAAACUUUAGUGAAAAAUGAAAACGCAUUCAACCGUCCUGCUUUAAUUUUUCACGAGAUGGGCGAAGGAAAUUCGCACGUGGGUCAAGGAUUAAUGUUUAACCCAUCAAGCAAAGCUGAUGGACAGAUUGUUGAAAGCGUUAGAAAUAACUUGUUUUUAGAUGACAAUGGACUAAGUACUGAUCUAGUAGCUUUGAACAUACAACGAGGUCGUGACCACGGUGUUCCGAGUUAUAAUGAGUGGAGGCGUUUUUGUGGUCUGCCGUACGCCUUUCAUUUCCAAACCACUGCUGGAGGUCUGAUAGACCACUCUGAAGCGGACGCUGCCAAAUUAAGUUCAGUUUACAGGAGCGUUGAGGAUAUAGAUGUGUUUUCCGGUGGAAUUUCAGAGACCCCAUUGCCUGGUGCUGUCGUUGGGCCUGUUUUUAAUUGCAUUAUUGGAUUGCAGUUUCAAAAUCUUAAAUUUGGAGAUAGAUUUUACUACGAGAACGAGGGAAAUACAGGAUUUACUAUCAAUCAAAUAAACAGUAUAAAGAAGAUUACAAUAAACAAGCUGAUAUGCUUACAUUUUAACAUGACACAAGUUCCAGUUGAUCCAUUUCGUAUGUCAAGUGAUUCAAAUAGAAAAGUAAACUGCAGUGAAAUAGCAGACAUAAACUUUGAAGAAUGGAAGAGCUGAUGAUGCAAGAUUGUGCCAAAUCCACAUUAAAUCCAAGGCGUCUUAUAUAUUCACUUUAUUAUAUAUUUAUUUAUAUAUUUAUAUGAAUGGUGAUUAUGGAAAUGCGUGUUUUAUUAGACCUGAAUGUGUGUAUGUUAAUGUCGUAUGAAGUUUGUGCUUUAUAUUUAUUAAUGGAGUUAGCUUAGUUGACCUUUUUUGUAAAAAAAGAAAACCAUGGCAACAUCCAGUAUCAAAUCGGGCAUUGGUAGAAUUGAUAACUUAAGACUUAUGUAAUUUAUUUAUAUUUAUUAAUAUUA